UUCCUGUGACCACCCAUCAGCUCGAACGGAUUCACGUUCGCGGUAGUACACCUCUAGUAGAUCUUGCGAUCCGAGCAAACUUUCGUUCAAGAUGCCGGAGACCUCGAACCAUAGCUCGACUUCGCCUCCGAGCGAUACGCAGAAGAUCAUCGCCCGAGGCCAUACCGCUAUAGAAAUAGGUCAAUACCUAUUACCAAGCAGUCAACCUGUCAUCAACACUCUCUCGGGGAAACGAGCGGAUCUAGCAAACCAACUCGAGGAAGCUGGAAGACAUUUAGAAGCGAGCGAGGACGCCGAGCUCAAGGUUCGGUGGGACUGGAGGCAGCGAGCUGAAGUGGAGGAGGGAGAGGGGGAGAUGGUGGACUUGAUGAAGGAGAGCGGGAUGAGGGGUUUGGAUGUCAUUGAAGCCGUGUGGGACUGGCUGAGUCUGCAAGACAACGAGAAAUCGUCGAUCGAUCCUAAAGUAUUCCUACUCGAUUUGACAGAGAGGAGGCACCUACAACGCCUCGUCUCCCUGAUCCCCAGUCGAUUGAUUCUGCCACAUAUAAAUGACCUACUUCGAGCCUCGACCCAAGCCGCAUCCUCUAUCAACUCUCCUGUCAUCUCGUCAAUACGGACCAUAACCACCCGUCUUCUCCGUCUGAUCACCAUCCCCUCGGAAGCUCAGAACCAAGAUGACAGCCAAAACCAAUCUCCAUACCGGAGGUCGGACCUCUACAUGUUCCUCUCCUCCCCGACCAUCAUCCCCUUCAUCCUGCUCCCACCUCUCAUGAUAGGCUGGUCACAAGCGUUCCCGCCGGACGUGUUUGCAGAGAUAAGGAAGGGCUUUUUGAUAUACGUCGACAAGGGGCUCGCACCAUCUGAAGCUCUGGCUACUUUAGGAGGAUUACAGACCAUCUUGACGAGCGGUAACAGAUCGACGUCAUCGUCAUCAUCAGGUGGUGGUACCGGUGCUGGUGCUGGGGCAGGGGCCAAGAUUGUCCCACUAGAAGAAGACCCGAUCGUCUACCCGGAAUACGCUCGACGGACCGUAAAGGCGUUGAUGGGAAGACAGAUGGUCCGGCCCGGUGGUGUCGCGGGGUUGCUCGGGAACGUUUUUGGGUUUGGAGAGAGGAAGGAUGGCAUGUCGGGAGAUGAUGUGUUAGAGUUACAUAAACUGGAUUAUGUGACAAAACUGUUAGGGAUCCCUGUACACGGGAUGGACGCUAAGGCUUAUUACGACAACAUAUUCGAACAACUGCGUCUGAUCAUCGUCCCGUCUGACCCGGUGAGGGAGCGGAAUACGCCUAAACAUCACGUCCAGGCGUCGGCAUACGUCUUGACCAAGCUCGCGGUGACUUUGCCGUUGAUCAAGCGGGAAUUGCGAAAGACCCUGCAUGAACCUCUGUUUCCGCGAUUUGCGGAACUGCCGUAUGCGGCCUCCUCGUCUCCAUCAUCAUCGUUGGUGCAAGGAUCGGUAGUAGUAACAUCGGCAACGCGCAUCAAUUCCUUGGUUUCCUUGCUUCUCCCGUUACUCACGCUCAAUCCGCCACCUCCACCCUUUCUCAAUCUCAUCAUCACACCUAUCAUCCGCCCGAUCUUUCUGCUUUGGCAACAUCUGAAGAAGGACAGGACGGCGGAUCCGUUGACGAGAAAGGAGAUCGAGGACGUGGUCGGUGCUUGGGUGAGGUUGAUGGACGUCGAGCUGGUAGAGAAUGGGCUCUGGGAGGUGUUACAAGGUGGGAGAGGAUGGAAGGGGCUCGGGUUUGGAGGCAGGAUGGACGACGAAGAGAAGGUGUUGUUUUGGGGCAGGAAUUUUGGUCCUGGUGAGAGCAGAGAGGAGGAGGAUAUUGGCGCUGCGGUACUUUACGGAAGACCACCACAAUCAACGACGGACGACCUCAAGUUUAGUAGCGACCCUGAAGACUUCAACCUGACUACCAAGCUGAACGACCUGCACGUCUCGGAUGGUGCGACCGUUCCAGACGCGGGACAAGAUUACGAUAUCUUGCCGGAUCUGUCGAGCUUGCAGAUGUACCCCGACCCGGAACUGUUGGUUGCUAUCAUCGUCAGAUCCGGGAGAGCCGACCUGUCGAGCAGGUUUCUUAUUAGGUGUUUGCAAGCGUAUCAGGUCAUGUCCGGAGACAACGAUGCAAAUCCAGAACGGACUCUGAUCUUGCUGCAGGUCAUCAUGCGACUCAGUGACAAAGCGUCCGCCAAUUUGGGAAAGGAAGUCCGACACGUGUUGCUAUUCAUCGAACAUGCUCUACGGCCAUCUUCGACUGCGGAUGAGAUCGACUUAGCAGAUUCAGAUGACGGGGCUGAUAGUGACGAUGAAGAUGCCGAUGAUGCUGCGGAACCGGCCGCGGCAAACGAUGUCGUCAAGGAGGAUAUCCCCAAUCUCGGUCUUGUCGAGACGGCGCUCAACUUACUGGUUGCCACGCUACACGGUGACGAAACCAUCACAUCGGAAAGCCAACCCAUCCUGAAACCGAUCGAAAAGCACGUGGAAGCCUUGUUGAGACAUCGAUUGGCCGAUAUCCGGCAAGCCGCGCGGGCUGCUUCCCUGCUUCUCGCCGUUCGAAAAGCUACUCCGGGAUUGGCAUCGAACGCUUCAGCUACAGACACUGCUCAACGCUACCAAGAAUCCUUACGGUUGCUUCAGGAUCCGAUCUUGGCCGUGCGAGCACACGGCCUGAUAAUUUUACAAAGCAUCGUACGCGCUCCAGACUUUGACCGGGCCUUGACGCCGGCGAUCAUGGACAUCUUUCUUUCGGCGAUCCGGGACGAUGAUUCAUUCAUGUACCUCAACGCCGUCAAAGGUCUUUCGAGCUUGGUAGACGGGCUCGGACGGGAAGUCAUGGCUAGUAUCACGUCGGCCUAUGUCGAGGGCUUUGAGCGUAUCACGGAAUUCAAGCCGGACGAAUUGGACAGGCGGUUACGCCUAGGAGAAGCUCUACAGCAAUCUAUUCGGCGUGCCGGUACCGCCCUCUCAGCGUACGUGGAACCGAUCGUACCUCGGUUGUUGCGGGUCUUUCCCAAUGCGAGCCUGCCCACCGUGAUACGCAGCUCAUCCCUCUCCAUCCUGGCAACAUGCGCCGACACCGAAUGGCGAGCGUUAUUACCAUGGUCAAACGACCUGAUCGGGUCGUGCUUGGAUCUUUUACGGCUGGAAAGCGUCUCGCAACGGCGGAACCAAUCAAAUAGCAUAGAACCUGACAACAACCGCGAAAGCGAAGAUAAUGACCAGAACGGAGAAGAAGACGACGACACACAACGACCCAAUGACGAACCUACACGAAAUAACGACAGUAAACAUCCAGCCUUACGACGAGCUGCGGUCGUCUUUCUCGGCUUGAUGUUCGACUCCGUCGCCAAGGCGGCAGCGCAGGACUCGGACAACGACAUUCAUUCGCUACAACCGGAAAUUAGGAUGAGCAUUCGACCAGCAACCAGCCAAAAUCUUCCCGCCCCGGUCGAUACGCACCUCGUCCAGUCGGCCAGGACGGUCCUCAACUACAUCAAACACACCGACGUUGAUAGUCUGACGUCUCAUCAGGCUGGCGAAGUGCUGCAGAUACUGCGACACAUCCCAGCGAGCACAUGAGAGUGAUCGGAGGAAACCUCUUUGGAUAAGGGACUGAUGAGGGCUACCCUGGGCCGUAACACCAACUUCAGAGGGUUCACCUGUAGUGCAUUUGUAUAUUAGACGUGAUCACUCGUCUCGAGAAGUGCAUAGCUUUGUCCCGUAGAUGACGAAAAGCACCGCACGGCUGCUUCCGGCCGGAAGCAAAUCGAACGUUUGUAUAUAAACGACCACUACUUAUUGUAAUCUGACCAUCUGAUCAAGAUACACUCACC